CAGUAUUCCAGUCUUGGGUCUACCCCUGCAUUUCUUCUUCAAAAUAAAAAUACUAGGGUUUCUGAUUUUCGGUUCUUUCCGCAAUUUCUACACCACUCCAAUUUCUCCCGCCUUCUCCUUCUCUCGCUAAUCUCACUCUCCCGUGCCACUGCGAUCAUUCGCGGAGGCCGGUGUUCUCUUUUCCCUCUUUUUUUCUAGGGUUUCCACUGCUAAUCUCGUCCUCAAUUGCAAUCACAAGCUGCUCAACUCUGCGCACUGUUUUGGAAUCAUCCUCUCAAGCUCAACUGCGAUGUGAUUUAGCCCUUGGCUUUGUGUAGAUGUAGAGGGUUAAGAGUUUUACUGAUGUGCUGAGAGAUUGGAGGGAUCCAUAUAGCUCAUGUAUUUUGGUUUGCAUUCUUUAUACUCUUGACGAAGUUAUGGAGUGCAACAAAGAGGAGGCCGUGAGAGCAAAGGAAAUUGCACAAAAGAAAAUGGAAGCAAAAGAUUUUCCAGGAGCUCGUAAGUUUGCUCUGAAGGCUCAACAGCUUUACCCAGAGAUGGAGAAUAUGUCCCAGAUGCUUUGCGUUUGUAAUGUGCACUGCUCAGCAGAUAAAAAAAGGGUUGGGAAUGAAUCAGACUGGUAUGGAAUUCUUCAAAUCGAACAAACUGCAGACGAGGCAACAAUUAAGAAACAAUAUCGCAAGUUUGCUCUUCUACUUCAUCCUGAUAAGAACAAAUUUUCUGGCGCUGAAGCUGCAUUCAAGUUGAUUGGAGAAGCGCAGAGAGUGCUUCUGGAUAAGGAAAAGAGGCAGAUCUAUGACCUGAAAUGCAGAACAACUUGUAUACCAGUGAGACAAAACCAGCCACCUCAGCAGCCAAGUAGAAAUUUUAAUUUUGCAAAGCCAUCUGUGGUUCAGAACAAAUUUACAAGCAAUUCCAAUUCUCAUCUUAAUGUUAAGGCCUUCAAUGCUCAGGGGCAGGGUCAACCAGGAGUUCACAAUGGGAAAGACACCUUUUGGACUCAGUGUCCUUUUUGUUCAAUUCGGUAUCAGUAUUACAAGGAUGUUCAAGGUAAACCUCUUUGUUGUCAGAGUUGCAAGAAGCCCUUCUUUGCCCAUGACAUGCAUGCUCAGGGUACACGACCUGGAGCUGAGGCAACUCGGCCUGUGUUCCCUGGGCAGGGUUUUCCUAAUGUGAGUGGCAGCAAGGCGGGAUCAAAGCCUAUGAACAAUUAUGCUUCUAAUGCUGGAGUUAGUUGGUCACAGAAAUCAAGACAGACACAGAAAAGUUCAAACGAAGUGGAUAGAAAAGUGGAACAGAGAUCUAAACCCUCUAGGAAAGUACAUAAUCGGAGAGGGAAGAAACCUCAAGCAGAAUCUAGUGAAAGUUUUGGAUCUGAGAGUAGCCUGGAGUCUGAAGAGGUAGAAAUACAAACAAAUUUGACACAACAAUUCGACGGUGAUGGGGAUCGCCGGACUAGAAGAUCAAACCGUAAUAAACGGCAUGUUUCGUACAAUGAAGAUGCAAGCGAUGACGAAAUCAUUAACACUUCAAAAAAGGCAAAAGAGAGUGGGUCGUCCUGCUCCAGAAAAGGAGUUGAAGUAAAUGCUUCAGAAAAGAUGCAGGAGUCUGACCCUUUUAAGAGUUUUGUUUCUGCUUCUGCUACUUUUGACGAAAGCAAGAAGGGAGAAUGCAAUAAAUCUGACGUGGUUGAUUUGACCAAGAAUAACUAUGAAGCUGAUGAUGGCUACAUGUCAGCAUCAAGUCCUGAAGAUAUUCCAGAGCCAGAAAUGCAUGAAUAUCCAGAUCCGGAAUUUUGUGAUUUUGACAAAGACAGGGAAGAGCAUUGCUUUAAAGUUGGACAGGUAUGGGCUGCCUAUGAUACUAUUGAUGCAAUGCCUAGAUUCUAUGCCAAGAUAAGAAAAAUUCUUUCUCAAGGUUUUAAGCUGAGGAUAACCUGGCUUGAGCCAGACCCUGAUGAUACACUUGGGAUAGAGUGGGUCAAUGCCGACUGGCCAUAUUCAAAUGGUAAGUUUAAAUAUGGUAAUUCAGAAUAUACUGGAGAUCGUCUUAUGUUCUCCCAUGAGGUUACUUGGAGCAAGGGGGAAGGUAAAGAUUCUGUCUUGAUACAUCCUAUAAAAGGGGAGACAUGGGCCCUGUUCAAGAAUUGGAAUGCCAAUUGGUAUUUAACUCUGGAGAAGGAAAAGAAGUUAGAAUACGAAUAUGUUGAAAUACUGUCUGAAUAUGAUGAAACUGUUGGGGUAUGUGUUGCACCGUUAGUAAAAUUGAAGAGCUUUGCGUGUCUGUUUUGUCGAAAAAGUGAAAAUGAAAUACAAAUACCCCCAACUGAGGUACUAAGGUUCUCCCACAAGGUACCUUCUUGUAGGAUGAGUGGUAAUGAGAGGGAAGGUGUUCCUAAGGAUUCUUUUGAGCUUGACCCGGCAUCUCUCAGUCCGAACAUUGAAGAGUUCAGUCUUCCUCAGUCAAACGGAAAUGCUUGCUCUGCUAAGACGUGAUUCCUGGCGUGUUGCAUGAAAGGGUGUAGUUUGGGGUCUCGACUAAAACUGGAAUGCGUUUAUGGAAAGCCAAUGAGUUGCAGAAUUGUAAUUACGACAUUUUGGAAGUUCUGGAAGAAUUGUUUAUAUCUUGUUGACAUGCCUAUUGCUGUUGUAGCUGCAGGCAUCUCAAGCUGGUUGUAUAUGAAAUGCAAUUUGAAGCACUUGGUGAGUUCUUCGGCACGCCCAUCGCACUAUUAUCCCUCACCUGGUGAUCAUCUUUUCUGUUUAAUACCAUGUCAGUCUGACUCUUGAUAUCAUGGCAAGUCUCUUGCCUUUUUUAUUGAACAGGUAACUAUGGAAGCUAAGUAGGUAAAACUGGACUAUCUCCUGAUGUUAGUGACAAUGUUAAUCUUAAUUGUAAAGUCUCGAUUUGACAGAACAGUAAUUAUGCAUUAGGAGGUUUACUACACUUUUAACUUGCAGUUGAAUUCCUACUUGUGCCAUUCA